GCUGUGAAGCAGGAGACCAGUAGUGACAUGACCGUCAUUCCUCUGUAUUGUGAGAGCACAACAGAGAACUCGAGACUUGAGCAGAACCAUCCGUGAGAUUCGGUCCGUUCUGCACGUGGACGCCUCAAAGAUCUGGCCAUGGCUUCAUGAUGGACAUCUGAGUACCUGGAGUACACCUCACCAUCCUCCACAAGGAAAUGAGCUUCAGAUGGAGAACUAGUCAAGGCUGAAGAACUGUGAAGCUUGGAGCUGAUGGAGCUUUUUACAGCAUUUGUGCUCUUCAGCGUGUUAACUGUGGCAAAGGCGCUGAUCUCAAUCCAAUGGAGCAUCUGUGGGAUGUGCUGGACAAACAAGUUUGAUCCAUGGAGGCCCCACCUCACAACUUACAGGAGAUCGACUCUGACGACGUCAUUACGCGCGAUGAGCAAAUCUUCCUUCUGAUUCGUGCAAGGACAAGGUGUGAGAGAAGCAUCCGAACCCAGCUGAGCACAGUACGAGAAGGUCACUGCAUGCCACAGUGGGAUGGAAUCACCUGCUGGCCGAAAGGGAAGCGCAAUCAGCUUGUAGCUGUGCCUUGCCCCGAAUAUGUUUAUGAUUUCGACCACAGAGGUCAUGCAUAUCGUAACUGUGAUGCUCUGGGAAACUGGGAGCAGGUUCCCACCAUCAACCGCACCUGGGCUGAUUACACUGAGUGCACAACAAAGCUGCAGUCUAACCAUGGCAGGCAAGAGGAGGAGGUGUUCAGGCGGCUUCACGUGAUGUACACUACAGGUUACUCCAUCUCUCUAACCUCGUUACUGGUGGCCGUCUUCAUCCUCUGCUACUUCAAACGUUUACACUGCACCCGUAACUACAUCCACACCCACCUGUUCACCUCCUUCAUAUGCCGAGCAGUCAGCAUCUUCGUGAAGGAUGCUGUGCUCUACUCAGAGGAUGACACUGAAGCAGAGUAUGGAGAAGUGGGAAACCAGGCUCAGAUGGUGGGCUGUAAAGUGGCUGUGACCUUUUUCCAUUAUUUCCUGGCUACCAAUCACUACUGGAUCCUUGUGGAGGGCCUGUACCUGCAUAGUCUCAUCUUCAUGGCUUUCUUGUCUGAUAAAAAUUACCUGUGGGCUCUGACCAUCAUCGGUUGGGGUGUUCCCGCUGUGUUUGUCUCAAUUUGGGUCAGUGUUCGAGCUUCACUGGCUGAUACACAAUGUUGGGAUAUCAGUGCAGGAAAUGUGAAAUGGAUUUUUCAAGUUCCAAUCCUCGCAGCCAUUGCGGUCAACUUCUUUCUUUUCCUCAACAUCAUCAGGGUUUUGGCUUCGAAGCUGUGGGAGACUAACACAGGGAAACUGGAUCCGAGGCAGCAGUACAGGAAACUGCUGAAGUCGACGCUUGUGCUGAUGCCGCUCUUCGGGGUACACUACAUGGUGUUUAUGGGUCUUCCUUAUACGGAGGUUACUGGGCUGCUUUGGCAGAUCCAGAUGCACUACGAGAUAUUCUUCAAUUCAUUACAGGGCUUUUUUGUGGCCUUCAUCUACUGUUUCUGUAAUGGAGAGGUGCAGGCAGAAGUGAAAAAGGCAUGGCUAAGACGUAGCCUUGCUCUGGACAUCAAGCAAAAAGCACGUGUAGUCAGCAGCACUGGGGGCGGGAGCUGUUACUACGGUGGCAUGACAUCACAUACCACCACCCAGAGCAUCUGCCUUGGUGCUCAGGGGCCAAUCCUGACUCGGAGUAUGGCCUUAGGUGUCAAAGGGCAAUCGCCUGUUGCUAACUUGCCAGGAUACAUACCCAGUGAGACUGCAGAAACCACGUUACCCAUAGUUCAGCAAUCCGAGCUGCGAAGGGCCGACGUCAUGGGGACACUGUAUGAUCAGAAUGGACAAAACACUGUAGAACCCCGAGUAGUGGAGGAGGAAUUAGAGAAAGAUCCAUCGCUAUACUUCAUAGCUGAAGAUCAUUCCAGCUCGAAAUCACUGAAAGAUCUGGAAACAAUUCUAUGAAAAACUGAGUGCCACCUUCUUGUAAUACUUCUGUGUUGUUAUUGGUUCUUCCUGUCUUUCUUGUGACCGAUUAUGUUUGUUCACCAUGUGUAUAUCGUAUUUUUUAUUUUUAGUUUUAAUCAAAACUACUGACAUGACAAGCAUCUAUAUAAUUAUAGAUAUUUAUUUGCAGAUUAGUCUAUCCUACUGCAUUGAAAAUAAGAAACUGGGAUAGGCUUUGUUGUGAUUUAGCAACUCUAAAACUAGAUAGGGUAGACUUGUGAAAACAUUCCAAACAUUUACAUGUCUGUGUAAAUACUGUGCCUUUAUUUAUCCACCCCCAUGAACACCACCCCAAAAUAUCUUGGAGUGAAAAUGAAAUGGAAUUAAUUGGCAUUUACACAUUGUUUUACAGAAUAUUUCUAGCAUCUGAAGGUGUAAAAUAAGUUUUUAUUGUAACAAAAAGGCUAAUUAAACAAAUAUGCAGAAACAAAAAUACAACCUUAAGUGUUCUUAAAUAUGUGUCUAGGUUUGGAUCCUGUUUUCUGGAUCCUAUUUUCUGUCAAAGUGGAUGCAGACCUUUGGCGAAUAAUAAUGUUUAAAGUCUUGCCUCAGAUUCUCAACAGGUUUGAGAACUGGGACAUUUAAACACAUUCAGGAUCUUUUGAACCACUCUAGUGUACCUUUAACAGUAUGCUUAGAGAUAUUGUUCUGUUGGAAACUGACGUUUUGCCCCUGUCUUGUAUCUUGCAGACUGGAUUAGGUUUUCUUCUGAGAAAAGGUCUGAGAUUUCCAGCACUGAGAUUUACUAACUCUGUAGACACAUGCUGAAAAUCAAAGGCAGCUUUAAAAGGACACACACACACACAUACACACACACACACACACACACAUAUACACACACACGCACACACACACUACUCUUACCCCCAUAAAUCUUGAAUUUCCCCUCUCUGAGCAGACACUGCUGGGAAUAAGAGAAAAUCUAGCCUGGUCUCAAGAAUACAGGAAAUGGGCAGUGUGGAGUUCCACACUCUGCAAAUGGAGAGAGAGAUGACUAGAAGGUGACAAAAUGAUGUCUCUCCAUAUGUGCAGUUUCAAUGUUUAAAGAGUUAGAGAUUUAGGGUUUUUGUUCACAGAAGAUGUAUGUGUCGGCCUCUUUGUUCCACCACACAGCGGAGCUUCAGGACCUCAUGAUGUUCUAUAUUAAAUACAGUAUGUGUUAUUAUAAGGGGUAUAUACAGCUCUGGAAGAGAUUUAAGAGACCACUGCAAAAGUAUAGGUUUCUCUGGAUUUACUAUGUCUAGGUCUGUGAUUGAGUAAAGUUAACAUUUUUGUGGUAUUCUAUAAGCUACUGAUAACAUUUCUUAGACUUUCCGAAUACAAAUAUAGUCAUUUACAAAAUUAAUUUGCAGAAAAUGACAAUUGGACAAAAUAACAAAGAUGCAGUGUUUUUUAAGAAAAGAAGUUCAUAUUCAUUUUUGUUUUUCAGAAAACAUUUUUCUAAUGUUUGCUUGCAACUGUCCAUCUUCUUCUUUCUCACAUUUAAGAAGUUUUCAGUGGAGUUCAGGUCUAGGGAUUGGACUGGCCAAUACCAGGUCCAGGACCUGGUCCUCUGUCCAUACCUUGAUUGACCUGGCUGUGUGGCAUGUAACAUGGUCUUUCUGUAAAAAACAAUCCUCAGAGUUGGGGAAUAUUGUUAGAGCAGAAGUAAGAUUUCUACCAGGACAACCAAAUUCAUUUGUCAUUCACAAAGAAAUCUGCCUGAUUCCUAUUUUGCUGAUGCACCCCCAGGUCAUCACAGAUCCUCCACCAAAAUUUACAGUGGUUGGAAGAACCUGUAGCUUGAAGGGUUUUCCAGGUUUCUCUCUAACUAGGUGAUAAGCAAAGCUCAUAAUUAGACUCCAAAUUGGAUUCCAGUCUUUGUGGUCUUUUGAAAACCUUAGUCUGAAUCUUUCCUUCUUAAUCUUUGAAGGGCUUUUUUUUUUUUUUUUUUAAAUCUAGCUUUGCACAACUUCAGUUCUGCCCCUAGGGGCCUGAUUUGAACUGUUCUUGCCAUGCACUUCACCCCAGGCUGCUGUUUGCCAUUGUUUUUUUUUUAGGUGCCUUGAUGCCAUCCAUUGAUUGUUGAGGGACAUUUGAACUAGUUGGCAGUCAGUGAAGGGUCAAUCUGUUCAGUGGAGUUUUCCUCCUCUGCCGGUCUGUAGCUUUGUUGUCCUCAAUGUUUGCUGCUUGACCUUGUUCUUAUGAUCCAUCAUCUUUGAUAUUUUAGGGAUGGAAACAACCUGACAGUCACUGUAUCCUGCUGCUCAUAAAGCCAGAAUUGAAACCAUCCCUUUCACACUCAAAACUUCUCUUUUCAGCACUUUUACAAAAAAUGAAUAACAAUUGUUAUUGUUUUUGAUUCCAGUUACUUUUGAAUAACUACUAGCACUGUUUGUGCCAUAUAGUUUGUCCUACUGUAAGUGGACAGCCAUGACAAUAGCAGUAUUUAAUUUAAUUUAAAAAAAAAAAAUUUUUAUUAAAUAAGAUUUGGUUGAUCUAAUCAAUAUCUCUGUCGAGAUACACAUGCUACUCCUGACUGGUUUUGCUCUUCAGACCAGUCUGAUUGACAGGUUGUAGUCUCAUCAUGAAGAUAUGUGGGACUGCUGUGGAAAGAACCAAUUGGAGACCUUGGCAGUGGCUUUAAUGGCUUCAGCGAAAAGGAAUUUAUGUUAAAUGUGUAAUGAAUUCAGAAAUGCUUAUACACAAAAUUAGCUCCAAAGUUCCUGGUUGAACAAUUUCAUUUGACUACUUUAAACUAUUUGAAAUACAAAAAAAGUGUAUUCGUUUCAAUAACACACCAGAUAAAACAUUUUCCCCUUUACGCACCCUAUUCCUUUUUUUUGGAAUCCCUCCUGCCCACUACAAAUAACAUCCCAACAUUCUCUUCAACGUCCUGGAUAAAUAUUUGCCUCACUCUGCUAACAGCUUAACAGGGUUUCUUUUUAUUCAUUUGCUUGUCUUUCUCCUUGUUUCAAUAUUGUUCCAUCCACAAAAUCAGACUGAACUUUAAAUUUUUUUUAAAUGCAAAUAAUAGAUUUCUAACAAAA